AUGUAUCUUGUCAACGUAGCAACAAAAAAGCUCGAGACUUUUUCGGCAGACGACAUUCCGCCCUACGCCAUAUUGUCUCAUACUUGGGGCAACGACGACGAAGAACUUUCUUUUCGCGAUAUCAUUGACGGACUCCUCAAGCCUGGAACACUGGGCGUCUUCAAACUCGAUGGCUGCUGUAAACAGGCCCAGCUCCACGGGCUUGGUUACGUUUGGAUCGAUACCUGUUGCAUCAACAAGUCCGACCAUGUUGAGCUGAGCGAGGCAAUCAACUCGAUGUUCAAGUGGUAUCGCGAUGCUGUGAUUUGCUACGUAUACCUUGCCGAUACUACACCAAACACUCGCCUCUCGAACAGCCGUUGGUUUCGGCGAGGAUGGACGCUUCAAGAGCUCCUGGCACCUCAGGAGCUGAGUCUGUAUGGUUCGGAUUGGACCUUUCUCGGAUCCCGAGAAGACCUUGCAGUGUCGAUUGAGCACGCCACUGGGAUACCCGAAGGCUUCCUUUAUGGAGAUGGUGAUUUUUACCGGGCAAGCGUCGCUCAGCGAUUCUCCUGGGCAUCAAAGCGAACCACCAAGCGCAAAGAGGACAUGGCUUACUGUCUCCUUGGACUGUUUGACGUUUCGCUGCCGAUUAUCUACGGUGAUGAUCAUGCUUUCGCUCGGCUUCAACGCGAAAUCAUGCUUAAGCUGCGCGACGAUUCCAUAUUUGCCUGUAGGGGUCUAAGCUACGAACAUCCUACCAAGGAACAGUCACAGGACACAAUUAGGGCAUCUGCUGGGGCUCUCGCCGAGUCUCCGAAGGACUAUGAGUACUGUGGGGCUAUUGUCUCUCAUGGCUCCCACAGCUCUCCGUCAAACAAGUUCGUCAUCGAAAGCGGAUUCCUCUGUAUUACAACAACCACCUACACAGCUCAAGAGGGCGGUACCUACGGGCUUUUGAAUUGUGGAACAAAAGAUCACACAAGCGAGCAUGUCGUUGGCAUCCCUCUUCAGCACAGCACCUCUGGAGACUAUUACUUUCGACCCCACAGCUACAGCGCCAGGAUAUUCCCUAAGCAAACGAUGGAUUCCAGAAGCGUUAGCCAAUCGAUUCACAUUCAAAUGUUUCGGGAUCAAGAGAUAUCGAGGUUGUCGAAACCGAGCUGGUCGAUCCGACUCAGGACAUCAGGUUGUUUACUCAAGGUCCUUGAGGUAUAUCCUCCAGGGCGUUUACACGACAAACUGAUCCACGUAGACCCCGACUUUGAUUCCGCCGAUGCUGUAGACCGGACCUGGGUACGGUUACAACGACACGGUAACGAGAGUCACCUGCUACCCGACUUCAUUCUAAUAUUGACCAUCACACGACACCCUGAAGACGUACAAGGCAGACUGACUUGCGCCCUUGCAAUUUGUUCAUGUUUCACCACCUUGAAAGAGAUCGCAGACAAUGCGCAAUUGUUAUGGAAGAGCAUCUUCAUCCGAAAGCAAGCCAGCAACGUAUCUCAGCACAUCGGUGCCGCUUUGUGGCGAAGCUCCGAUUCGCUAAGUGGCCACCCAAGGAUUUCUGUUGUGAUGUCGGAGAUUGUCUCACCCCCUGAUACCACAAUCGAUUUGACUCAGCAGCUGUCGAGGGUCAGAUUGCCAGACAGGUUUCUUAGCGCCUUGGAGCACGAAGACUGCCUCAAUCAGCGCUUGGCUCGGAAAGGUAACGAGCUUGAAGCCAGAGAAAAGCAGCUAAACAAAACACGCGACAUGCUGACCGAGCUCAAUAAGCAAAUUGAGAAGCUGGAAGCGUCAAAGAAGUCAUUGAAUGCCGAGGACCACAUCUCUGCAAUGGAGGUGGAGAGGUUAAAGAACGAAAAGAGCAAACUGGAAUCGAAGAGAUUCAAGGUGAGCUUGAAUCGAACAUACCUUGAAGGAUGUCUGGAUGAACACCACGACGGGCGCAAUGAAUGGCUUCGGAAAAUCAGGCUACCCAUUGAAAAAGGGGAUGUAACAGCCGGCGAUGACUCGUUUCUUGACCAUCGGCUUGAGAAUCUGGUCAGGCUUCUGAUUUCCGUGGAACGUUCCGCUCCGUUACCUUCAACAAAAUACAACCCACCCCAGGAUAUGACACCACUGGCUUAUGCCAUCCAAGAAGGCUGCUACGAGCUUCUGCAGCGGCUUCUUGACCAGGGCGCUGAUGUGAAUGAGAUAUAUUCGAACGGCAGGACUGCCCUCUUGGCCGCAGUAAUCUGGGAUAAAGACAUGGUGGUCCAGGAACUGCUUGAGCAUGGAGCAAUAGUUUGGCCGGCACUGCUAUGGUCGGUUCAAAACUGCGACAGAGCUGACACACUCUCACCACUCCUCAAGCUAGAAGAGACGGCUCUUGAAGUGGAUGCCGGGAGGUUUCGUAUGCUACUGCUGCUGGCUGCGGAGCAGGGAUCGAAAGAAAUUAUUCUAGAGCUUUUGUCGUGGGGCGAGGGCAGGCACACUUUCGAUCUCAGCAUUAAGUCGAAUCAAGACGUUGUCUGGGCUGCUGCAGUCAAAAAUCACGACUCGACAGUACGGACUCUCAUCAAGCAUGAUUGCAGUCCGAAUCCGUUGAGCUGCCAGCGCUUACUCCUUCGAUCGGUCUUAGAGAAUUGUGCCAGCCUUCCCCCGGUCUUAUGGGAGAAGAAGAAGGCGGACAUACACGCCAAGUACAUGGGCGGCCGCAAUCUUCUAUGGUUGGCAGCAGACCGGGGGUACGAUUCUGUGAUUGGGUCCUUGGCGCUGAUCCAAACAGUGAUUGACCCUGGCAGUAUGGGGAGGCAAAUGACCAUCGCAGACGAUUUUGGCCAGAACGCGCUUUCCCGAGCUGCCGAGAAUGGACAUGUUAACGCUGCUGUCAGAUUGCUGCUCUGGGAAGAUCCGACUGUCAGAGAUCAUGACGGCCACACAGCACUUUGGUACGCCGUAAUCAACGGACAUGCAGAUGUAUUGCAGGCCCUGAUGAAACACAAGUCCAUCAGGGAGGAUCUUUGGGAAAUGGGAAAACUGUUGUGGUGGGCAGUCGAGACGGACCAAGAGCAAAUGGUGGACGUUAUCUUGGCCAAUGACGGAGCUCUGGCCUUUCAGCAUCGCUACCACGACCCUCAUGCGCUUCUCUGGAGUGCGCUUGGAGAAGGUACUACCAGGAUUGUGGGAAAACUCUUUGCAUAUCGAGAGUUUCAGGUUCACAGUGUCGAAAUGCUCCAAUAUGCGGAGAAACACCGAUAUGAUGACCUGGUCAAGCUCUUGUCCAACCCACUGACAUUGGCGCUCCAAGGUCGAAUGGUUGUGGUUGAUCGGGUGAAGCCUGAGACGGGAGACAAAAAACAAGUGAGGUUUGGGCACCACGAUGGAAUUGCCAAGUUUGGAGGAAGUAUGGUACCGGUUGAAACGUUGAGAGAAGUAGAGGAUGAGAGCUAG